AUGUUUACGCGGACGUUUCAGAGCUCCAUCCUGAAAUCGGAGGGCCACAAUUUGCCAAGAGAGGGCGUGCCGCAGGAGCCGCAUAAAAUGACUUUUUGGCACUCCUACAUUGAUCCAUCUAAUAGCGAAAAGGAACGCCCUGUGGUUGACGUCUCUGCACCAUACAACCCACUGGAUGAGACGCACCAAGUGCGGAAAUUGGGCGUGCAAAAACUCCCAUAUGGCUUCAUCUCCAUGAACGCCUUUACGGGGGUGAAGGAGGAGGUGCCAUACACGGACUCGAUGCAUACGUAUGAAUGUGUUAAAUGGUGGAUGGGAGGCCUCAACAUCUGGUUUGUUAACUGGUUUCUGGCCCGUUCGGCAAACUCGUUUGGCGCUGUAGGCAACCCACGGACGAAGUUUGCGUGGAACCUAGCACUUUUAUUGGGAGUGGCGCGAGUCAACAUCGCUGGUCUGAUUGGGAUUGGAGGGUAUUUUUACUCGUAUGAGUGGCUUUAUACACACGGUCCAUGGCCCUUCCGCAUUCGCGACCCGAGUUUGAACGGCUGGAAGAUGGCAUGGAGUGACGGUCAGUCAUGCUACAUGGCCCGUGCCGUCGCGAGCAUAUUUCCUCCGCUAGGUUACGCCUUCUUUAUGGGGCGCUGGAAAAAGGCAAAUUUUUGGUUUACUUUGUUGCUCGCGGCGGGUCUCCAGUACGAAUACGCACGGCAGUAUAUCUUCUCGGGUAAUCGGCUCUUUUACAGUUUCGAGGCGAACAAGGAGAUUAACCGUCAGGCCAACUGGGGAUCGCUGAUGCCGGUCUUAGCGCACCGCGUAGAUCCCGACACAAAUCGAAACGCUAGUGCUGCACAGUUUCGCUAUUUUCGCAUCACCAGUGGCACAAUGCAGGACACCAUAUGGGAGAAUGCGGUUCAUGAGAAUCUACCGCUGGCUCGCUUCGCUUUGCGGUUGCCAAAUCCCUACUUCAACUGGCAAAAGGCCCCGCAGGCGUAUAAUGACAAGCCGUACCUUAGGAAAAAUGAUUUAUGGGAGAUGCCGCAGGUUCUGAACGCACAGAUGCGUUCGUCCACCAUGGACAAGCCCUCCGCCAAACCAAUGGCGUGA